UUAAGCACCCUUUUCCCUUUUGUUCUUUCCUUCUUUUCCUCUCCUCUUAAGACUUCAAGAUUCACCUUUUAUGCUUGGAUAUCCAGAAUAAGGGAAGGAUUUGAUGAGAUUGGAAAGAAUUUUAUGACAGAAGAGAUAGAUGCAAUGAUGGGAAGAAGACAUAUGUUGGGUCCUCCGGGAAGUUUAAACACAGUCACUCCUUGUGCGGCAUGUAAGCUUUUGAGAAGAAGAUGUGCAGAAGAAUGUCCUUUUUCUCCUUAUUUUUCCCCACACGAACCUCAGAAAUUUGCAGCUGUUCACAAAGUUUUUGGUGCAAGCAACGUCUCAAAGAUGCUCAUGGAGGUGCCUGAGGCCCAAAGAGUUGAUGCAGCUAACAGUUUGGUUUUCGAAGCGAACGUGAGGCUCAGGGAUCCAGUAUAUGGAUCCAUGGGUGCAAUUUCAGCUUUGCAACAACAGGUUCAAACUUUACAAGCUGAACUUAGUGCCGUAAAGGCUGAGAUACUGAGAUAUAAGUACAGAGAAGCUGCAAAUACUAUAAUUGUUUCAACUAAUGCUGCGGCUUUGUUUUCCUCCGAAACUGUGUCUGUGUCUGUGGCUGAGCUACCACAAGCUCCUCCUCCACCGACUGCUUAUCGGCCCGCUGCUCCACCUACUCCUAGUCCUCCACCUCCAGCAGCUCCUCCGGCUGCUGAUGUGUCUUCCUCGUCUUCAGCUCCAUCUUUGUACACUUCCUUUCGUAGCAUGAGCUUUAACAACAUUUCAAAUAAUAACGUAUCGUAUUUUCACUGAUUUUAUCCAGCCAUAGUUCAACUUCAUUCCUCUCUUCAUUUUCCAAUCAGAAACUUGUAGUCCAAUAGAUCAGAAAAAAGCCUUAUUCAAUACUCUAAUCAUAAACUUGCAGAAAAAAUCACUAUCUUAUUAUUAGGGGUCUUCUGCUUUAAUCAAUGAUUAACUUUUGCUAUAUCAAUCUUCAGUUUCAUUUUGUUCCAGAAAAUCAUAUUGGAAUCAUAGAAAUAUUCAUAAAAAGUUUAAACUGGAUGGAACACAGUCUCUACGGCCCUGAAAACGGCCAAUUCCGUCAUCAAUACACGCCCUAGGUGGUUGCACGUGCAGGGGUUGAGGUUUGACUCAACAAAAGUGUGUCUGUGUGCGUUUACAUUUUAGUUUGUGCCAAUUAAGGAGGUGUACGUGAAAUGAAACAUAUUUAUUAUACAAAGGAGACAAAAUGUAUGGUUAUUGCGUUGCCCGAUGAUUUCAAAUAAGAUCAGAAACUUUAAAUA